AUGACCGUGCCGGCAAACUGGAAAGACGAGAACAGGACAAUCCAGAUCCUGACCAAAGCCGAAAAGGGCCGAUACGGCGUGAUUGCCGCCAUCGCAUAUAACCUCGAGCAGAUCCACGGCCUCGUCACCGCAGCCGAGGAAGCCCGCUCGCCUCUCAUCAUCCAAUUCUUCCCUUGGGCAGUCACCUACGCCGACGGUCUGCUGGUCCGCACCGCCAAAGAAGCCUAUGCAGCCGACAACUUGCCGUUCGACAGCAUCAUGGUCGACAUGUCCCAUUACGAAAAGGCGGAGAACCUAGAAAAGACGGCGAAAUGGGUUAAAUACUGCCACGAACGCAAGAUUGCAACCGAGGCCGAGCCCGGGAGGAUAGAAGGUGCCGAAGACGGCGUCAUGGACACGGCCGGGUUGGAAGCUAGCAAGACCACCGCCGAGGAAGUUGACGAGUUCAUCGCUACGGGUGUGGAUUCCCUCGCACCGGCGUUUGGCAACGUACACGGCGAGUACGGAAAGUUGGGCCCGCAAUUGGACUUUGAACGAUUCGAAAAGAUACGCGCCCAGAUUGCCGGCAGAGUAAGAGUGGCUCUGCACGGUACCAACGGAUUUCCGCCUGAUCUGAUGAAGCAGUGCAUUGCUGCGGGCGCGACAAAGAUAAACGUCAACAGGCUUGUUUUGGACGAUUAUUAUACACAUCUCCGGUCGCAGGUCACGCGGUUGCCGCAUACUACGCUUAUCGAGGAGGGUACGAGCAAUGUCAUCCGGCAGACGAAGGAGUGGAUGGAGAUUUGUGGAUCAGCGGGACAGGUAUGA